CCGAUGAGCUACCUACGGCGGGCGGCGACGGCGGCAAAUCCAAGAAAUUUACUCUGAAGCGGCUCAUGGCAGAUGAGAUAGAGAGAUUUACCAGCAUCAGAAGUAAGAAGGAGAAGGAAAAGCCCAAUUCUGCUCAUAGAAAUUCUUCUGCAUCAUAUGGAGAUGAUCCUACAGCACAGUCAUUGCAGGAUGUGUCCGAUGAGCAAGUUCUAGUUCUCUUUGAGCAGAUGCUGCUGGACAUGAACCUGAAUGAGGAGAAACAGCAACCUCUGAGGGAGAAGGACAUCACCAUUAAGAGGGAGAUGGUGUCCCAGUACUUGCACACCUCCAAGGCUGGCAUGAGCCAAAAGGAGAGCUCUAGGUCUGCCAUGAUGUACAUUCAGGAGUUGAGGUCAGGCUUGCGGGAUAUGCACCUGCUCAGCUGCCUGGAAUCCCUUCGUGUCUCUCUCAACAACAACCCUGUCAGUUGGGUGCAAACAUUUGGUGCUGAGGGCCUGGCCUCGUUAUUGGACAUCCUUAAACGACUUCAUGAUGAGAAAGAGGAGACUUCUGGAAGUUACGAUAGCCGCAACAAGCAUGAGAUCAUUCGCUGCUUGAAAGCGUUUAUGAACAACAAGUUUGGAAUCAAGACCAUGCUGGACACAGAAGAAGGAAUCCUGCUGCUGGUCCGAGCCAUGGAUCCUGCCGUCCCCAACAUGAUGAUUGAUGCAGCCAAGCUGCUUUCUGCUCUUUGUAUCCUGCCACAGCCAGAGGACAUGAAUGAAAGGGUUUUGGGGGCGAUGACAGAAAGAGCUGAGAUGGAUGAGGUGGAACGUUUCCAGCCACUCCUGGAUGGAUUAAAAAGUGGGACCUCCAUUGCACUUAAGGUGGGCUGCCUACAGCUGAUCAAUGCACUCAUCACACCAGCUGAAGAACUUGACUUCCGAGUUCACAUUCGGAGUGAACUGAUGCGCUUGGGGCUACAUCAGGUGUUGCAGGACCUUCGAAAGAUUGAAAAUGACGAUAUGAAAGUACAGCUAAGUGUGUUCGAUGAACACGGGGAUGAGGAUUCCUAUGACUUGAAGGGACGUCUGGAUGACAUUCGCAUCGAGAUGGAUGACUUUAGCGAAGUCUUCCAGAUUCUCCUAAACACAGUGAAGGACUCAAAGGCAGAGCCACACUUCCUGUCCAUCCUGCAGCACCUACUGUUGGUCCGAAAUGACUAUGAGGCCAGGCCACAGUACUAUAAGUUGAUUGAAGAAUGUAUUUCUCAAAUAGUUCUGCACAAAAAUGGGGCUGAUCCUGACUUCAAGUGCCGACACCUCCACAUUGAUAUUGAGGGCUUGAUUGAUCAAAUGAUUGAUAAGACCAAGGUGGAGAAAUCAGAAGCCAAAGCAACGGAGCUAGAAAAAAAGCUGGACUCAGAAUUAACAGCCCGGCAUGAGCUACAGGUGGAAAUGAAAAAGAUGGAAAGUGACUUUGAGCAGAAGCUUCAGGAUCUCCAGGGGAAAAAGGAUGCACUGGAUUCUGAAAAGCAACAAAUUGCCAUAGAGAAACAGGACCUGGAAGCAGAGGUGUCCCAGCUCACGGGAGAGGUUGCCAAGCUGUCGAAGGAACUGGAAGACGCCAAGAAAGAAAUGGCUUCCCUGUCUGCCGCAGCUGCUGUGGCUUCUGUUCCUUGCAGUGCUGUUUCCCCUGCCCCUCCUUUACCUGGUGCCUCUGGCACUGUGCCACCCCCAGGAAUGCCCCCUCCCCCUCCUCCUCUUCCUGGUGGUCCUGGAAUCCCUCCACCCCCUCCAAUUCCUGGAGGCUCUGGCAUUCCUCCACCUCCACCUGGAAUGAGUAUGCCUCCUGGAUUUGGAGUUCCUGCAGCCCCAGUUCUGCCAUAUGGAUUAACCCCUAAAAGGAUUUAUAAGCCAGAGGUGCAGCUCCGGAGGCCCAACUGGUCCAAGUUUGUGGCUGAGGACCUUUCCCAGAACUGCUUCUGGACAAAGGUGAAGGAGGACCGCUUUGAGAACAAUGAGCUUUUCGCCAAACUUACCCUUGCCUUCUCUGCCCAGACUAAGACUUCCAAAGCCAAGAAGGAUCAGGAAGGCGGAGAAGAAAAGAAAUCUGUGCAAAAGAAAAAAGUAAAAGAAUUAAAGGUGUUGGAUUCAAAGACGGCCCAGAAUCUCUCAAUCUUCUUGGGUUCCUUCCGCAUGCCCUAUCAAGAGAUCAAGAAUGUCAUCCUGGAGGUGAAUGAGGCUGUGCUGACGGAGUCCAUGAUCCAGAACCUCAUUAAGCAGAUGCCAGAGCCAGAGCAGUUAAAAAUGCUUUCCGAGUUGAAGGACGAAUAUGAUGAUCUGGCCGAGUCAGAGCAGUUCGGUGUGGUGAUGGGCUCUGUGCCCCGUCUGCGGCCCCGCCUCAAUGCCAUCCUCUUCAAGCUGCAAUUCAGUGAGCAAGUGGAGAAUAUCAAGCCAGAGAUCGUAUCUGUCACUGCCGCAUGUGAGGAGUUGCGCAAGAGCGAGAACUUCUCCAGCCUCCUGGAGAUCACCUUGCUCGUCGGAAACUUUAUGAAUGCCGGCUCUAGGAAUGCUGGUGCUUUUGGCUUCAAUAUCAGCUUCCUCUGUAAGCUUCGCGAUACCAAGUCUACAGAUCAGAAGAUGACACUGUUGCACUUCUUGGCCGAGCUAUGUGAGAAUGACUACCCUGAUGUCCUCAAGUUUCCAGAUGAACUCGCCCACGUGGAGAAAGCCAGUCGAGUUUCUGCUGAAAACUUGCAAAAAAACUUAGAUCAGAUGAAGAAACAGAUUUCUGAUGUGGAACGUGAUGUUCAGAAUUUCCCAGCUGCCACAGAUGAAAAGGAUAAGUUUGUUGAAAAAAUGACUAGCUUUGUGAAGGACGCACAGGAACAGUAUAACAAGCUGCGGAUGAUGCACUCUAACAUGGAGACCCUCUAUAAGGAGCUGGGAGAGUAUUUCCUCUUUGACCCCAAGAAAUUGUCCGUGGAAGAAUUCUUCAUGGAUCUGCACAACUUUAGGAAUAUGUUUUUGCAAGCAGUAAAGGAGAACCAGAAGCGGCGGGAGACAGAAGAAAAGAUGCGGCGAGCAAAAUUAGCCAAGGAGAAGGCAGAGAAGGAGCGGCUGGAGGGUGACGAGACCGGUGUAAUGGACAGUCUUCUAGAAGCCCUGCAGUCAGGGGCAGCAUUCCGGCGGAAGAGAGGACCUCGUCAGGCCAACAGGAAGGCCGGGUGUGCGGUCACGUCGUUGCUUGCUUCGGAGCUGACCAAGGAUGAUGCCAUGACCGCUGUUGCAGCCAAGGUACCCAGGACUAGUGAAGCAGUCCCCACCAUCCUCGAAGAAGCCAAGGAGCUGGUUGGCCGUGCAAGCUAAGCUGGAUCCUGUGGCCCCAGCAACUCCUUCCUGAAUGGAGCCCCAGACUGUCCUGCCCUGCAGUCUAUGCCUACAGGGUCAGGGGAUGCUCCUCUGGGAGGGCCACUCUCAGCACCCUGACCUUGUCUUUUUCUCUGGCCUGCUGCUCUCAGAACAUCACAUACAGCUUCAGCUGCCUGGAGGCCAGAAGGAAGGGGCAGUGUGGGGGAGGCCUGAGCCCAACCCAGCCAGCCCUGGCUGUUGUAUUACCAAAGCAGGGGCCGUGUUUGCUGCCUUAACCCUGGUCUCCUCUGUUACUCAGAGGGCCUCGUCUUGGACAAGGCCCAGCCUGCUCCUGUAGCCCCAACUUUCUCCUAGGUCAAUCUUGCUGGAUCUGUGCUUUUCUUUUGUGGUUUUUCUGGCUCUGAGAACAGCAUGGGGCUUGUGCGCCUUUGGCCAGAUCCCUCCUUUUCGUUGUUCCCACCUCAGCUCUUCUCCCCUCCCCUGGCUGUUAUUUAUUACUAGUGGUGUGGCACUGGGAGCUGCCAAGUGGGAAGCAGGUCCCACCCAUGCCCAGCUUCCUGGGAAAGGCUUCCCAAAAUAUAAAGGAUUUGGACCACUUUACCUGUCCUGCUGUGGCCCACCCAGAGCCAUGGGUAGGCAGGCAGGGCACAGUGACACUGUGGGACCUUUGCCAGCCGCCAAGCUUUCUGCCCUUGCCUCUCUGGACCCUUUGUACCAGCCCACAGGCUCCCGAGCCGUUUCCUCCUCUGCCUUCCCCAGAGUCCCGGUGCACUCAUGGAGUACGGCUGUGACGUAACCAUCCCAACGCCUCACCCUCUGUCUCCAAGGAAAUGGGAGGUGGAGCCUCCUGGCUGAGAAAAUGUUUUGCAAAUGGAUCUAUUUUUGUAUGAAAAAAAUUUUUUAAAGAUAAAGAACUCUUCCCUCCCCCUUUCCCUUUAUAAGUUAAGAGGCUUUGGUGGCAAAUUCCAGAGUUCCUGGGGUUCCUCCCUACAGGCCAGGCCUCGGUACUAAACAUGCCCCUGGACUUUGACCUCAGCCCUCAAGCCUUCUCUGCCCCAGAGGUAAAGGCAGAUUCUUUCUCCCAGCAACACUUCUGGGGCUGGAGGAACCUCUGCGACCCAGCGGGUCGGGUCGGGCCUCAGAGCAGUGGGACUCUUGAGUCGCAGAGUUCAGGGGAGUGAGCACACCUGUCGAGCCCAGUGUACAAAUGUUAACUGGAUGCUCUGGGGCAGGGGGCACAGAGUGCCCACGCUGUACCCCUGCUGCCUUCUGAACAGUGGGCAGAAUGAACUGUUUGGGGGCCUGCACCACAGGAAGUUCCCAUUCUCUGGCUUCUCUGCCCUCCUUGUGGCCCUUUGGACUUCCCACCACAGCUAGGAAGAGGUAGCAUCACUGUAGGGCUUGGCCCAGAAUGACAGUUGUUAGAGGAAGGGGGGCACUUGAGGGCAGCUGCCAGGAGGCCUUGCAGCCAGGAAGGAGGGUUUUGUUGCUAGAGCCUGUGUUUUGAAGGGCCAUGGCAGCGCCUCUGAGCUAUGCCCGAGAAGACUGGUGUAGGGGCCUGUUGUUCCCCGGGUCACCACCACCUUCUCCCCGCUCGCUGACGUCUGGGGCUUUGACCCUUUCUUUUUUAAUCUACUUUUGCUAAGAUGCAUUUAAUAAAAAGUGGGGUGGGGGACAAAACGCAAACCCGUUUCCUUCACCUCUGGGCUUCUGGGAUGUCAUCACGUCCAGUUUGUUGGGUUCGUUUCCAACCGUGAAUAAAGCAUUGAAACAGAA